AUGCUAGAGCUAGUCUUUGCACCAGCAGAUGAAUGGAUAUCAAAGAGCGACUCUGAUAUCAUCGAUGCAACAAUGAAGGAACUCGAGAGACUCUUCCCUGACGAAAUCGCAUCUGACCAAAGCAAAGCUAAGAUUCUCAAGUACCAUGUCGUUAAAACUCCAAGGUCUGUGUAUAAGACAAUACCAAACUGUGAACCAUGUCGUCCGCUACAGAGAUCUCCUAUUAAAGGAUUCUACUUAGCUGGAGAUUACACUAAACAGAAGUACUUAGCUUCCAUAACAUAA